AUGAACGAAGGAGCAAAGUCACAAUACAUUGAAUACGUCUCCAGCAGUGAGGACGAUGCGGACGCCGCUAGUACCGGUGGUGAUCUGGCAGACGAUGCGCCACUUCAUAAGCGCGCGAGGACUGGAGUCGAUGCCGCUGCAGCAGACUCUGUGCCAAAGUGGUCCAAUCCUGAUCCUUACACUGUGUUGCCGCCCACCGACUUCAGUGUGGCGCCAAAGAAAGACAUUGUGCAGACAAUUCGCAAGGCAAAGGUUGAAGCUGCAGCUCAGAAUGCUAGCACUAACGCGAUAAAGGAAAAUGCCGACUUCAUCUCUUUCGAUGAUUUGCAGGAGGACGAGGAAGAAGAGGAGAUCGAGCAAGACGACUACGAAGACAUCCUGCAAGAGACACAUCACCAAGCAGAUCGCCCACACAUGUCACCGCCAAUGGCUGAACCUCCUGGUGUCGACCUUGGCUUCGCCAUUACCCCCAAGUUUGGCAACGAACCAUCCAGCAGUAGUACCUUUCCUCCACCUGCGCCUCCCAGUAACGUCGUCGAGGCUCUGCAGGACGAAGAGAUGGACGAUGCAGUGGUUGCCACUCGGCUCGUUGCCGGCACCAAGCGCAAGCGCCGGGACAAGCACAGCAACGACUCCGCCGGAUACAUCGUUGAGGAGUGGCAGGAAGAUGGCACCAACCCAACGCCCUGGCACGAGGGCACCGGCACUUUCACAGCGUACGUUGGUCUCCAGUUACACAAGGAGAUACUCGCAUUCUACAACUUUGUCCGACCGACUGACUACGAAGAGAGAUGCCGCCUGGAUCUCAUUGCCCGAGUCGACCGGACUUUGAAGACUUGGAGGGGCAAUCCUAACGAGGUUUCCAUCAAGAGCUUCGGGUCAUUUGCUUCGAACCUCUACCUACCCAACUCUGAUAUGGACCUAGUUGCCGUCUCAGAGAGCUACCUACAGGGUGGUCGUCAAGUCUUCUGUCAGAGCAAGAAUCAGAUGCGACAGCUUCAAUUCUACUUGGAACGCUCUGGAAUUGCUGCUCACGGCACGGUGACGGGCAUCCUAGGAGCCAAGGUUCCGAUCAUCAAGUUCAUUGAUGCGAAGACGGGUCUGAAGGUGGACAUCUCUUUCGAGAAUGAUUCGGGUCUCCGGGCGAUUGAGACGUUCGAGGCCUGGAAAGAGCAAUUUCCCGAAAUGCCUGUCCUUGUCACGAUCAUCAAGCAAUUCCUUCUCAUGCGUAAUAUGAAUGAGGUCCACACCGGUGGCAUUGGAGGUUUCACCAUCAUCUGCUUGGUUGUCAGCAUGCUGCAGCUGAAGCCGCCGAGCGAUCGUGCAAUGAGCGAUAUCGAAGGUCGCUACGGCGAGCUCCUACUCAACUUCCUCGACCUGUACGGUAACAAGUUUAUUCUUGGCAACGUUGGCAUCGAGUUGAACCCUCCUCGGUAUAUGGACAAGUACACCUACCGCGGUCGCGCCAAGAUCAACGCUACAGGCCUUACCAUUAUCGACCCCAACCGUCCGGAGAACGACAUCUCUGGUGGCUCGAAAAGAGUUGGCGAAAUCUUCGGAUUCUUCCGAAGUGCUCUGUCGUUGAUUCAGAAGCGCCUUCACCAGUUCAGCAAGGACAAGGAUCCCGAGACCAGCAUCUUGGGAUGCAUCCUCGGUGGCAGCUACACUUCGUUCUUUUCUCAGCGUGAUCGCCUC